AUGUUACGCGGACUUGCUAAGGGUGCUAACGGAAUCGCUGGUUUUGGAAGAUCAUCAGAGCUUUCUUUAGCUUCUCAAUUUUCAGCUGCAUUUCGGUUCCCUAAAAAGUUCACUUCGGAGUUAUCCUCAACUGACAGCGGUGUCAUGUACUUCGGCGACGGACCUUACACUGACCAACAGUACAGGCACCAACUAGUGUACACCCCACUCAUCACCAAUCCUCAUUUUUCCAGUGAAUAUUUUGUCGAUGUAAGGUCGAUCGAAAUAGACGGUGUAAAUGUCGCAAUAAAUAAAGGAUUACCGACCAUUAACAAGAAAAAUGGAGUGGGAGGAACGAAAUUUAGCACUUUAGUUCCUUACACUACCAUGGAGACAUCAAUAUACAAGGCUUUCACAAGUGCUUAUAUUCAGAGAGCUAAAACCAUGGGUAUCUCUCUGGUUGCUCCGGUUGCACCUUUCACUGCUUGUUUUAAUUUAUCGACGAUUGUAAACCAACCGGACGGACUUGUUGUGCCAACGAUCGUUCUUACUUUGCCCAACAAGGUAAACUGGCAGAUGAUUGGGCCAGGUACAUCUUUGAAGUAUGUUAAGCGUAGCGUGCUUUGUUUGGCGUUCGUAGAUGGAGGUUCAAAGCCGAAGACAUCAAUUGUUAUCGGUGGUCAUCAGAUGCAAUUUAGUAUUAUAGAAUUUGAUAUUGCAGGAUCAAGAUUAGGAUUCAGUCCACCAAUUCAAGUUUAA